AUGGAGAAAUGGUACUUGAUGACAACUGUGGUCUUAAUUGGACUAACAGUACGAUGGACAGUAUCCCUUAAUUCUUAUUCAGGUGCUGGAAAACCCCCUAUGUUUGGUGACUAUGAAGCUCAGAGACACUGGCAAGAAAUCACUUUUAAUUUACCGAUCAAACAAUGGUAUUUUAACAGCAGUGAUAACAAUUUACUAUAUUGGGGAUUGGAUUAUCCGCCUCUUACAGCUUAUCAUAGUCUUUUAUGUGCAUAUGUGGCAAAGGUUAUAAAUCCAGACUGGAUUGCUCUCCAUACCUCACAUGGAUAUGAGAGUCAGGCACACAAGCUCUUCAUGCGUGCAACAGUAUUAAUUGCUGAUUUGCUGAUUUACAUACCUGCAGUGGUUUUAUACUGUUGCUGUUUAAAAGAAAUGUCAACUAAGAAAAAGGUUGCUAAUGCAUUAUGCAUAUUGCUGUAUCCAGGCCUUAUUCUUAUUGACUAUGGACAUUUUCAAUAUAACUCUGUGAGUCUUGGCUUCGCUCUGUGGGGUAUUCUCGGAGUAUCUUAUCACUGGGACCUGCUGGGAUCACUGGCAUUUUGUCUAGCUAUAAAUUAUAAACAGAUGGAACUUUACCACUCCUUGCCAUUCUUUUGUUUUCUCCUUGGAAAGUGUUUUAAAAAAGGUCUCAAAGGAAAAGGGCUCGUGCUGCUCAUUAAGCUGGCGUGUACUGUUGUGGCUUCCUUCGUUCUCUGCUGGCUGCCGUUUGUUACAGAAAAGGAGCAAGCCCUGCAGGUUCUCAGGAGGCUCUUCCCAGUGGAUCGUGGAUUAUUUGAGGAUAAAGUAGCCAAUAUUUGGUGUAGCCUAAGUGUCUUUCUGAAGAUCAAGAAUAUUUUGCCACAUCACACCCAGAUAAAAAUCAGUUUUUGUUUCACAUUGUUGAGCCUGCUUCCUGCAUGUAUAAAAUUAAUACUUCAGCCCUCUCCCAAAGGAUUCAGAUAUACUCUGGUUACCUGUGCACUAUCAUUCUUUUUAUUUUCUUUCCAAGUACAUGAAAAGUCCAUUCUCUUAGUAUCAUUACCUGUCUGCUUAGUUUUAAAUGAAAUUCCUUUUAUGUCUACUUGGUUUUUACUUGUGUCGACAUUUAGUAUGCUACCUCUUCUACUGAAGGAUGACCUUCUAAUGCCCACAGUUGUGACAGUGAUGGCAUUUUUUAUAGCUUGUGCAACGUGCUUUUCAAUAUUUGGAAAGACUUCAGAAGAAGAACUACAGUUGAAAUCCUUUUCCAUUUCUGUUAGGAAAUAUCUUCCAUGUUUUACAUUUCUUCCCAGAGUUAUCCAACGUUUGUUUCUUAUGUCAGUGAUCACUAUGGUCCUUCUGACAUUGAUGACUGUAACGCUGGAUCCUCCUCAGAAAUUCCCGGACUUAUUUUCUGUUUUGGUGUGUUUUGUAUCCUGCUUGAAAUUCCUGUUCUUUUUGGUUUACUUUAACAUUAUAAUCAUGUGGGAUUCCAAAAGUAGAAGAAAUCAGAAGAAAACCGACUAG